AUGGCGCAGCUGGACCCCGUCCUCAGGGAGCUGGGCCUGCGCAGGGCAGAGCCCGCCAAGACAGGCUGCCCCCGCGGCGGCGGCCCCUGCUUCACCAAUGACGCGCUGGACUCUGCCAGCGUUGAGUGGUACGUCGCCGUGCAAGAGGCCGGCGUAGUGGCGCGGGCGCGGCUGCAGGGGCUGGCUGACGAGGUGGCGCCGCUGCUGCCUGCGGUGGGGGUGGCGGCCGGGGCCAGCAUUCUGCUGCAGGCCCUGAUGCUGCACGUCGACUAUGCACUGGGGCUGGGCUGGUCGCUGCCACAGCUGGUGGGGCCAGGCCUCAGCGGCGGCCCCGCCAGCAGCAGCAGUAGCAGCAGCAGCAUCGGCGGCAACGGUGGCAGCAGCGAUCUUGGCAGCGUGAACAACAGCGCCAGCAGCAGCGUCAGCGGGGCCGCUGCGUCGGAUGGCGCUGCGGCGCCUUGUGCCCUGGUGCUGCGGGGGGCGUGGCCGUACUGGAUGGACCGGCAUGGCGGGAGUGCUGAGGGUGUCAGCGGGCAGGAGGUGGUGGCCAAUGAUGUUGAGCUGGCGGGCAUGGCGCUGCUGACGGGACCAAACAUGGCAGGCAAGUCCACGGCUCUGCGCACCGUGUGCGCCACGUCGCUGCUCGCCAACUGCGGCCUGCUGGUGCCCGCGGACCCCGGCUGUGUGGUGCCCCACUUCACGCACUAUGCGCUGCGCAACUUCAGCGGCGACGCCCCUACAGAGGGCAUGAGCGCGUUCGGGGUUGAGAUGCGGGACAUGGCGAGCGUGCUGUCGGAGGCGUCGUCCCCUGGUGCGCGCCCCCUGGUGCUGGUGGACGAGCUGGGCAAGGGCACGGAGGUGCUGGGGGGCAGCGCCCUGGCGGCCGCCAUGCUGGAGGAGCUCGUGGCCCGCGGCUGCAGCGGGGUGUUCGCCAGCCACCUGCACCUGCUGCAGAGCCUGCCGCUGGACACGCCGGGGCUCGUCAAGUGGCGGAUGGAGGUGGCGGAGGACGAGGGCUGGGGCCGCAGGGCUGGGAGUGACGAUGACGACGAGGAGGUGGAGGAGGGGGCCGAGGGUGGCGUGGAGCGGCCCUACCCGCUGGCCGGUUACGGCCUGACCCCCAAGCGCCCCACCUGGCGCAUCGGCCAGGGCGUCUGCAGUGAGAGCCUCGCCCUGGAGGUGGCCCUGGCCUGUGGCCUGCAGGAGGACGUCGCAGUGCGCGCAGCACAGCUGCUGAGCCUCGUGCCCCCCUAUGAGGACCUGGCACGCGCCGGCUUUGGCGUAGAGUAUGCAGGCGGCCCCGGCAGCGCGCACGACGGCGGGGCUAGCAGCGAAGCAGCCGGCAGCAACGGAGGGUGGGGCGGUGUGAAUGGUAAUGGCAGCAGCAACGGACACCCCGUCCAUCUUAACGGCUAUUCCGGCGGCAGCAGCUGGGUUCUCUCAGGGGCGUCGGCUGGCGCCUUUGCGCAGGGGGAGGGUAGCGCCGGCAGCAGCAGCGGCAGCAGCGGCCAGGGCGAGGCGGGCGCCUGGCACCUGAUCGGCGGCGAAGGCGGCGGCGACACCAGCACCAACAGCGGCAGCGACAGCAGCAGCGGCAGCGACGGCGAGGCGGCGGCCGAGCCGUCUGGGGCCCCCGAGGAGCAGCCGGCUGUGCCUGUUGUCCCCCUGGCAGAGGCUGAGCCCGUGAUGAGCGCCGUGGUGGCCUGGCUGGCCGACCACGGCCUGCUGACUCAGCAGCCACACGCCGAGGUGGAAGCUACGCCCGCUGCGGCCGGCGAAGGGGCAGGGCACGGCAGCGGGGAGGGUGCCGGGGGCGCAAUCGGCCGCCCCGACGCGCCGCGCGCGCCGCUCCCGCGGCCACUGUUGGUGGAGGCGGGCCGCACGCAGCCCCAGCCCGGGGACAGCCUGCGGCCGUGCGUGUACGCAGUGCGCUGGCGUCGCUCCGGCUUCUUCUACGGCGGCUCCACCAAUGACGUGCGGCAGCGGUACCGACAGCACGGCGCCAGGGGCGGCCCCGUGGACAUGCUCUACGUGGCACUGGACAGCGGCGGCGGCGGCGGGGGCGGCGGCCCGGGCGGCGGCGCGGGCGGGGGCUGGGUGGCGCUGGAGGGCGCGCUGGCGGCGGCGGAGGGUGAGCUGAUCCGGCGGCUGAGGGACGCCGGGUUCCCCAUGAAGUCGACACGCGACGCGCGGCGCAAGCGGCGCGGCCGGCAGUGA